CAUCAGCCUCUUCAGAUUCACUUUCUCCACCAGCCAUUCUUUUCUUCUUUUUGAUCCUUUUCUGUUCUUCUUUCUCUCACAGACACAUUCAUUACGGAGCAAUUGAUUUUGUGAUCAUUCAUGGCUUCCUUUUGCUCAUUCUGGGCUAUACUAUUAUCAUUCGCCUUAAUGGCGGCACACCCUUGUCCAUCAUUAGCUCAAGCAUCUCCAUUAAGUACUCAUGUUUCUACGAUAUCAGCAUCACCAGCAAGCUCUGAAGAAGCUCCUAUGUUAUCCCCAGAUAUUGAGCCUCUGUUUCCAACUCCAAGGGGAGUUGCUUCUUCUCCUUCACAGUCCUCUUUGCCCACAAUCCCUUCAAGUCCUAGCCCUCCCAAUCCUCAAGUGUUGGACACUCCUGGCUCUGUACUGGCUUUUCCGCCAUUGGCCUCCAUGCCUGCUGCUUCCCAUGCUUCAUCUCGCUCUCUGAUUUCUGUUUCAUAUCUGGCUUCACUGGUAAUUUUCUUGAUGCAAUUUCGUUUUGUGUAACUGGAUGCGGAUGUUGCUUAUACUUCAGUGCUGCUUUCGUUUGUUCUUUUAUGUUCUUUGGGCAUUUCAUGUUAGGUAUAAGGCAUUGUUAACUCCUGGUAAAGUUAAUGUCCAUGAGGUUAGAGAA